UCAUGUCAGUCAUCUCUUCUGCACUGUGAUUGGUCAGUACGCGUGCUUGCAAGUAGAGCCAGUGUAGAAUCUGAAGUGGCUUUUUUUCAGCGAUUAGCUACGAUAAAGAAACCAGAUUUUGUGUGUAGUCAUGACGACACUGGAUGAUAAGAUUCUAGGAGAGAAGCUGCAGUAUUACUACAGCAGCAGUGAGGAUGAAGAGAGCGAUCACGAGGAAGAGGAGAACGCAUCCAAAACCAUCCGCGACCAGGGGGUGCUGGAUGUGGAGCUCGACUACAAUGCAGAUGGCAGUUCGGUCAACACCGGGCCGAAGGGUGUGAUCAAUGACUGGCGUAAAUACAAGCAGCUGGAGAACGAGCAGCGCGUGGAGCAGCAGAAAGAGAUGGAGCGGCUCAUUAAGAAACUCAGCAUGACCUGCAAGUCACAUCUGGAGGAAGAAGCCGACAGACAGAAACAGAAGGAGCUGCAGGAUAAGAUCGCAGGCAAAAUGAACCUCCGUGUGGAUGAAGAAGAGGAGGAGGAUGAUGAUGAUGAUGAGGCCUUCCUCCAGCAGUAUCGUCUGCAGCGCAUGGAGGAGAUGCGGCGACAGCUGUGUGGAGGGCGGCGCUUUGAAAAGGUGAUUGACAUCUCGUCGGGGGAGGAGUUCCUGCGCGCUGUCGACGAGGAGGAAAAGAACACUCUGGUGCUCGUCCACAUCUAUGAGCCAGAGGUGCCCGCCUGCCAGGCCAUGGAUGGCAGCCUGCUCUGCCUGGCACUGCAGUACCCAAUGGUGAAGUUCUGCCGGGUCCAGGGCUCUGCGGUCGGCACCAGCGCUCUGUUCCGCAGCUCGGCCCUGCCGGCGCUGCUGCUGUACCGCGGAGGAGAACUGGUGGGGAAUCUGGUGCGCGUGUCCGAUCAGCUUGGAGAUGAUUUCUACGCCACAGACGUCGAAGGUCUUCUGCAGGAAUACGGCCUUCUUCCAGAGAAAUACACACAGGCAAACACACACUCAUCUAUUCGAAACGCCGCUGUCACUCACCCUAACGAUUCAGACAGCGACCUGGAUAUAGACUAAAUGUGUACACACAAAUGUCUGUAUACGUACAUGCACACCAACACAUAGAUCCAGAAGAAUAUGCACUCUUGUAUACGUUCACAUAGUGAUUCAGGCCCAAUAUAGUGACCAAAACCAGCGGUUGCAGCUCAAGAUACACUACUGUAAACACAGGAUCUCUCUACAAACGUUACGCCUGAUAUGAGAGAUCCAUUCACAGAUCAUCAUUACUGGACCAAAACAGUGGAUAUCAUUAGACGUGUGUAUGUGUGUGUCAUUUCAGACGCUUCCAGAAUCGGGAGUGUUUCUUUAUGCAAACAAAAAUGCAAAACCCAUUAGAGAAUCCUGCGUUUAUGUUUCACUAUUUAUUAUAUUUUUAGAAUUAUGUGUUUGUUUGUUUAUUUGUGCGUUUUUGGACAUCUUAGUUUGCUUUACCCUCUGUUAGUUUUAUACAUUUUGUAUACAUAUCCAUCAUGACAAAUGCAAAAAUAAAAACAAAUGGUUCUGAAUUGA